AUGGAGACAAAGCUCUUGCUGGUGCUCCUGCUUCUCGGUCCCGGUGCCGAUGCCGGGGCCCACGACGGUCGAGGCGGGGGGCAGCAGGACUUCAUGCUGCUUGCGGGGCCCCUGGGCGAGCGGCCGGCCGUAGGUCCGCUCCUGUCAUCGGGAGGCGUCCAGCAGGACGUCCCGCUGUGUGAGAAGAGCUCUCCUGCGGAGUGGACACCUCACUUCGAGUACCUGCAGUCCAGGGGAGUGACGCAUUUCAAAGUGCCCCUGUCCUGGUCUCUGCUGCUGCCCACCGGAGACCCCGAGCGCCCCCUGCGGCGCACCGUGGCGUGUUACCGCGCCCUGCUGGGGCAGCUGAGCAAAGCGCACCUCAAACCCCUGGUGGUCCUGCACGGUGCAGGGGUCCCGGAGCCCGUGGGAGUGGCCCCUGGGGGCUGGUACACCCACAGGGUGGUCAGCGCUUUCCAGAGCUACGCCGAGUUUGCCUUCGCGGCGUUCGGCGAUCUGGUCGACACCUGGAUCACGUUCAGCGAUGUCCACGCGCUGCUCGAGGGGGGGGUCUCCCCAGCCCAGAGGACCACCAUGCUGGAAAACAUGCUCCUCGCUCACAGAACCACGUACCGCAUUUACCACGGCCGGUUUCCCGGGGGUCGUGUCGGACUUGGGAUCGGCACCAGAGAUGCGUCCAUCCUUUUCCAGCAUGAGGUCACCGGUGAGGCGAUCUCUGACUUCCUGUCCAUCCAGCUCAAAGUGGACUGCACAGCCAACUCGGCUCUGGAGGAGCAACUGACACAUCUGCAGGUGAUCCUUCACAAGGGGCCCCUUUUAAUCUACCAGCUCGACGUCGAGGGAUGUGCCUCGGAGCGCGGGGAUGAGUUCGAGCCUCUCAUCAGCAUCCUCAACGCCCUUAAGAGAACAGAGCUGCAGGUCCUGGGCUGUGACAUCGUUGAUCUCUUUGACCAGCUAACUGCGGACACGGCCCCGAAAAGCUGAUCAGGACAGCUGGAUCACUCCCGUUCUCCUUCCUCAUACCAAAAGGUGUGGGAAAAGUUCAGCACCCAGUCUCCGUCAGAGAGAGACGACUUUCUGUGGGACUUGUUUCCAGAGGGGUUCCAGUGGAGCACGUCCAGCGAGGCCUUCAAAGUGGAGGGGGGCUGGGCUGAGCACGGCAAAGGAGAGACCAUCUGGGACCGCUUUACCCACAGCGGGCAGGCGUUCGCCAACCAGACAGGUGACCUUGCCUGCGACAGUUACAACAAGGUCGACUACGACGCCUAUCUCCUGAGGGGCCUCCUUGUCACUACCUACCAGUUCUCCAUCUCCUGGGCCCGCGUCUUCCCGUCCGGCCGCCGCGGCAGCCUCAGUGAGAAAGGGGCCCGGUACUACGACAGGCUCAUCGACGCACUCGUGAGCUCUGCCGUUCGACCGGUGGUCACCCUGCAUCACUGGGACCUGCCUCAGGCGCUGCAAGACGACGGAGGCUGGAGCAACGCAUCCAUCAUAGAGGCCUUCAGAGAAUUUGCAGAUUUCUGCUUCGCCAGGUAUGGUGACCGUGUGAAGACCUGGAACACCUUCAGCAGCCCUUGGGUGAUCAGCAUUGCUGGGUAUGGCACAGGGGAGCACCCUCCAGGUAUCACAGACCCCAUCAUCAGCUCCUACCAGGUGACUCACAACAUGCUGAAAUCCCAUGCUGAGGCCUGGCAUGUCUACAAUGACAAGUAUCGUCAACAGCAAGGCGGGAAGGUGGGCAUUGCCUUGAACUCAGAUUGGGCGGAACCACAAGACCCUUCCAGGCCCCAGGACAUAUCAGCAGCAGAACGGUAUCUACAGUUCAUGCUUGGCUGGUUCGCCCAUCCCAUAUUCGUGGACGGUGACUACCCACCAUCACUGAAGAGCCAGGUUGAGCAGAAACGGCAGGAAUGUCCCCAGGCCGAACCGGCUCAGCUCCCCACCUUCAACGAAAUCGAGAAGAAACGGAUCCGAGGAACAGCUGACUUCUUUGGACUGAACCACUACACAUCCCGACUGGUCAAUGAUACCUUCGGAGGCUGCGUCCCAGGACCUCGUGGUGUGGGUGACUUCCAGGAGCACAUUGACCCUGCCUGGCCACUUACCGCUUCAGAAUGGAUCCGUUCUGUCCCCUGGGGUUUACGCCGGUUGCUGAGCUUCAUAGCUGCAGAGUAUACGUCCAUCACCAAGGUGCCCAUCUACAUCACAGGAAAUGGGAUGCCCACCCAGUUCGGCGGAGAUGUGUUCAACGACACAGAGCGAAUUCUCUUUCUCAAGAGCUACAUAAAUGAAGCGUUGAAAGCUGUUCGCCUGGAUGGAGUAGAUGUCCGAGGUUUUACUGUGCAGUCACUCAUGGAUGGAUUUGAAGGCCCACAAGGCUACAGUGAGAGGUUUGGUUUGCAUUAUGUCAACUUUGAGGACCCCAAUCGACCGAGAACUCCAAAAGCGUCAGCUUACUUCUACUCCAAGGUUAUUGAAAACAAUGGCUUUGUGGGCCUGAGGGAGAAGAUGGUGCUGCCAAAGCAUGUACCUCAGCCCCGCACCACAAAGCUAGUCCGUUUGCCCCCUUCCGAGGUUCCCAGCAAAUCCAAGGUUGUCUGGGAAAAAUUUUCACACCAGUCCAACUUCGAGAGAAAGCUGUACCACUAUGGCACCUUCCCCGAGGGAUUCGAGUGGGGUGUUUCAUCCUCAGCCUACCAGGUCGAGGGAGGCUGGAAUGCUGAUGGGAAAGGAGCCAGUGUGUGGGACACCUUUACCCACAAGCCGGGCAGCAUUGUAAAUAAUGCCAAUGGGGACGUGGCGUGUGACAGCUACCACAGAGCCGACGAAGACCUUUACAUGUUGAGAGCUCUGAGGGUGAAGUCCUACAGGUUCUCAUUAUCCUGGCCCAGGAUCUUUCCUGAUGGUUCAAGAGCAUCUCUAAACCAGCAAGGUGUUAACUACUACAACAAACUAAUUAAUGGUCUUGUUGCUUCCAACAUAACGCCAAUGGUGACGCUUCACCACUGGGACCUUCCUCAAGCCCUGCAGGACAUUGGCGGCUGGGAAAAUGUCUCCAUGAUCAACUACUUUGAUGAGUUCUGCGAUUUUUGCUUUGCCACUUUUGGAGACAGGGUGAAGUUUUGGAUGACCUUCAAUGAGCCCUAUGUCAUCGCUUGGGUGGCACAUGGACAAGGGUUGCUCCCUCCCGGAAUUAAGAAUCCAGGUUAUGCCCCUUACCAGGUGGCUCACAACCUCAUAAAAGCACAUGCCAAGGUUUACCACAUAUAUGAUGAGAGGUACAGAAAAACUCAGGGUGGCUUGGUCUCCAUCAGCCUCAACGCUGACUGGGUGGAACCCAAGGAUGUCGACGUCUUCCGAGAGGUGGCAGCUGCUGACCGUGCUCUGCAGUUUCGGUUGGGCUGGUUUGCUCAUCCCAUCUUUAAGAAUGGGGACUACCCAGACGCCAUGAAAUGGAUGGUGGGCAACAAGAGUGAGUUGCAGGGUCUACCAGCAUCCAGGCUGCCUGCUUUCACGGACGAGGAAAAAGAAUACAUCCAGGGAACCGCAGAUGUCUUCUGCAUCAAUACAUACACCUCGGAAAUUGUACAUCACGUGACCAGCCUGCUCUCUCCUCCUUCCUAUGACUAUGAUCAGGAUGUCCGCGAAGCAGAGAUGGAUGACUCCCCGGCCACAGCAAUGAAGGGACUCAGAGUUGUUCCUUGGGGUUUGAGACGACUCCUAAACUGGAUUAAGGAAGAGUAUGGGAACCCCGAGAUUUACAUCACAGAAAAUGGAAUGAGCACAGAUUCCAAGACAACAGUUGAUGAUACAGACAGAGUCUUCUUCUACAAAACCUACAUCGACGAAGCGCUGAAAGCCCAUAAUCUGGAUGGAGUGAAGCUGAAAGGAUACAUCGCUUGGUCUCUUCUCGACUCUUUCGAGUGGCUCAACGGCUACAGCAUUGGCUUUGGUCUCCACCAUGUGGACUUCAACCACCCAGAGCGGCCCAGGACGCCGAAGCGCUCAGCCCAUUAUUACUAUGAUAUCAUGAGAAACAACGGCUUCCCCCUCCCUGAUGAGGAAAAGCUGCUGUACGCGCGUUUCGACAAAGGCUUCGCUUGGAGCACAUCUACGGCAUCCUAUCAGAUCGAGGGAGGAUGGAGGGCUCAUGGGAAGGGCCUGAGCAUCUGGGACAAGUUUGCUCACACUCCCCUGAAGGUGGGCAACGAUGACAACGGGGACGUCGCUUGUGACAGCUACAACAAGAUCCGAGAGGACGUGGCUGCCCUUCGGACACUCGGGGUGACGCACUACCGCUUCUCCGUAUCCUGGCCCAGGGUGCUGCCCGAUGGGACCACGGGGAAAGUCAAUGAGGCCGGGCUGGACUAUUACCGGAGCCUGGUGGACGCACUUCUGGCUGCCAACAUUCAGCCGCAGGUCACCCUGUAUCACUGGGACCUUCCGUUGGCCCUGCAGGACCAAGGUGGCUGGGAGAAUGAAACCAUCGUGCAGCACUUUAAGGAGUAUGCUGACUUCAUCUUCAGCCGUCUCGGAGACAAAGUGAAGUUCUGGAUCACCAUCAACGAGCCCUACAACGUGGCCCAGAUUGGCCACGGCUACGGCACGGCCGCUCCAGGUAUCAGCUUCCGGCCGGGGACGCUGCCCUACAUUGUAGGUCACCACCUGCUCAAGGCCCACGCGGAGGCGUGGCACGUGUACAACGACAAGUACCGCAGCAAGCAGGGCGGCGUCAUCUCCAUCACCAUCAACUCGGAUUGGGCGGAGCCCCGCAACCCCUACAAGCAGGAGGACAUCGAUGCGGCCCGACGCUUCUUACAGUUCUACAUCGGCUGGUUUGCUCAUCCUGUGUUCAACGGAGACUACAGUGACGUGAUGAAGACGGUCGUCAGAGAGAGGAGUCUCGCUGCAGGUCUUCCCAGAUCUCGACUCCCUGAGUUUUCCGCAGACGAGGUGCAGAGAAUCAGAGGAACCUACGAUUACUUUGGCUUCAAUCACUACACCACCGUCCUGACCUACAAACUCGACUACAAGAACCUGCAGCACUACGACGCAGACAGGGGCGUCGCCACCGUCACGGACCCCAGCUGGCUGGACUCGGGGUCCUUCUGGCUGAAAGUCACCCCCCACGGAUUCCGGAAAAUCCUCAACUUCAUAAAGGAGGAGUACGGCGACCCUCCCGUUUACAUCACGGAGAACGGCGUGUCGGAGCGCGGCCCCGUCCACCUGAACGACGUCCGCAGGAUCCACUACUACAGGAAUUACCUCAACCAGGCGCUGAAAGCCAAGGUUCUCGACAGCGUCGAUAUCCGCGGCUACACGGCCUGGACCCUCAUGGACAACCUGGAGUGGGCGACGGGUUUCGCCGAGAGGUUCGGCCUCUUCUACGUGAACCGCUCCGACCCCACGCUGCCCCGCGUGCCUAAGGAAUCCGCCGCUUACUACGCCACCGUCAUCGCCUGCAACGGCUUCCCUGACCCGGCGCUGGGUCCCGACCCCUGCCUGACCCCGGAGCCCGAAGAAACAAGCACCCCCCCCACGACCUCGCCCACCCCCGUCCAGGGAGUGAAGUUCAUGGGAGGGGAGAUGUCGCCCCCUGAUGCCGAGGUGGCCCUUUACAUCCUUUUCAGUCUCUCCCUAGUCGGUGCCGUCCUGCUUGUCCUCAUGUCCUACAGAUACUGGAGGGGGACAAACAGACGCAAAUGGGUCAGAGCAGAGGACUGA